UUGAUCGAUUGGCAGCUAUUGGCAUUUCAUCUAAACAAAAUCGACCAUGUCACAAAAACAAAUAAGUGCAUGCAAGUAAAGACUCGGGAUUAUUGCUAUAUAAGAGACGCAGUUUUCAGAGAGCGAACUCAGAACGUUUCACCUUCCGUUCACCAAGAUGAUGAAAUCUGUGAUCCUAGCAGCAGCACUACUGUGCGCAGCAUUGGCCACUCCUCCAUAUUUUGGUGGAGGCUACGGUAGAAGAUAUGGUGGCUACGGCGGCUACGGUGGCUACGGUGGCAUGGGAUAUGGCGGCUAUGGCGGCUACGGAGGCUAUGGUGGCUACGGAGGCUACGGUGGCAUGGGAUAUGGCGGCUAUGGCGGCUACGGAGGCUAUGGUGGCUACGGAGGCUACGGUGGCAUGGGAUAUGGCGGCUAUGGCGGCUACGGUGGCAUGGGAUAUGGCGGCUACGGCGGCAUGGGAUAUGGCGGCUACGGAGGCUACGGUGGCAUGGGAUAUGGCGGCUACGGUGGCGGGGGAUAUGGCGGCUACGGAGGCUACGGUGGCAUGGGAUAUGGCGGCUACGGAGGCGGCUACGGAGGCGGAUACGGCGGAGGAUACGGAGGUGGAUACGGACGCUAUAAAAAAGGGAAAACAAUAAUUUUACAAAAUCAUCUUGAAAAUGAUCGAUUAGCAGCUAUUGACAUUUCAUCAGGGGUCAAACUAAACAAAAUCGAUCAUGUCACAAAAACAAAUAAAACCAUGCAUCUUAAGGCCCGGGAUUGUUGCUAUAUAAGAGAUGCAGUUUCAGAGAGAGAACCGAGAACGUUUAACCUCCCGUUCACCAAGAUGAUGAAAUCUGUUAUCCUAGCAGCAGCACUACUGUGCGCAGCAUUGGCCACUCCAUAUUUUGGUGGAGGCUACGGUGGCAUGGGAUAUGGUGGCUACGGCGGCUACGGUGGCAUGGGAUAUGGUGGCUACGGUGGCAUGGGAUAUGGCGGCUAUGGUGGCAUGGGAUAUGGCGGCUACGGUGGCAUGGGAUAUGGCGGCUACGGCGGCAUGGGAUAUGGCGGCUACGGUGGCAUGGGAUAUGGCGGCUACGGAGGCUACGGUGGCGGGGGAUAUGGCGGCUACGGUGGCAUGGGAUAUGGCGGCUACGGAGGCGGAUACGGCGGCGGAUAUGGAGGUGGAUACGGACGGUAUAAGAAAGGAAAAAAGUAUGGAUGAAGUGUCGGCGAAUUUCGAACCACGGACCUUCAACUUUCUCAAGAAGUAAAAUCAUAUUUUUUGUUAAAUGUUUUAAUAAACUGAAACACUUUGGAAAA